CCCGCCCCGCCGCCGGCUUCACCCCGGCAGCCACGCGCCGCCGGCCGCGAGCUGCCCGGGCGGUGUCGCGCGGCGCGGCCGUUACCCGCUGGCUGAGGCGAUCGCUGAGGGGACCCGACCGGCGGCGGAGCGGGGCUCAUGGCCGCCUCGGACCGGAUGGUGCUGGGGCCGCUGGUGGGCUCCAUCGAUCAGGGCACCAGCUCCAGUCGCUUCCUGGUUUUUAAUGCGAAAACAGCAGAGCUCUUGAGUCACCAUCAGGUUGAGAUACAGCAGAAAUUCCCUAAAGAAGGAUGGGUGGAACAAGAUCCAAAGGAAAUACUGAAGUCUGUCCAUGAAUGUGUGGAAAGGACCUGUGAGAAACUGCAACAACUAAACAUAGACAUCACUAACAUAAAAGCCAUUGGAGUCAGCAAUCAGAGAGAAACAACAGUGGUUUGGGACAAGACAACUGGAGAACCUCUUUAUAAUGCUAUUGUGUGGCUUGACCUGAGAACCCAGUCAACAGUUGAACGGCUUCUUAAAAGAAUUCCAGGAAAAAACAAAGCCUAUUUUAAGUUUAGGACUGGUCUUCCACUUAGCACUUAUUUUAGUGCAGUGAAACUUCGGUGGCUUUUGGAUAAUGUGGAAGAGAUUAGGCAAGCAGUUGAUGAUGGAAGAGCUAUGUUUGGGACUAUUGAUUCAUGGCUUAUAUGGAGUUUGACAGGUGGAAAGAAUGGAGGCGUUCACUGUACAGAUGUAACCAAUGCCAGUAGAACAAUGUUGUUCAACAUUCAUUCCUUGGAAUGGGAUCCUGAGCUCUGCCAGUUCUUUGAUAUUCCUAUGGAAAUACUCCCAAAAGUACGAAGCUCCUCUGAGAUUUAUGGCCUGAUGAAAAUCUGUCCUAGCCUGAAAUCUGGAGCUUUGACAGGUGUACCAAUUUCUGGGUGCUUGGGUGACCAGUCUGCUGCUCUUGUUGGGCAAAUGUGUUUUCAAGAUGGGCAGGCAAAAAAUACGUAUGGAACAGGGUGCUUCUUGCUGUGCAAUACAGGUCAGAAGUCUGUGUUUUCUGAGCAUGGUCUUCUAACCACAAUAGCUUACAAACUGGGCAGAGACAAACCUGUUUGUUAUGCACUAGAGGGAUCUGUUGCAAUAGCUGGUGCUGUUGUUCGUUGGCUAAGGGACAAUCUAGGUAUUGUUAAGACUUCACAGGAAGUUGAAAAACUGGCCGCGGAAGUGGGGACUUCUUAUGGCUGCUACUUUGUGCCAGCAUUUUCAGGACUGUAUGCACCAUACUGGGAACCCAGUGCAAGGGGUAUUAUCUGUGGCCUUACUCAGUUUACAAAUAAAAACCACAUCGCCUUUGCUGCACUAGAAGCGGUUUGCUUUCAAACACGAGAGAUUUUAGAUGCCAUAAACAAAGACUGUGGGAUACCACUAAAUCAGUUACAAGUAGACGGAGGAAUGACCAAUAACAAAGUCCUCAUGCAACUCCAAUCAGACAUUCUCUGUAUUCCAGUAGUAAAGCCAUCAAUGCCUGAAACAACAGCUCUAGGAGCUGCUAUGGCAGCAGGAGCUGCAGAAGGAGUUGGAAUUUGGAGUCUGAAUCCUGGAGAUUUGACAGCAGUGACAUGUGAACGAUUUGAACCACAGAUCAACCCAGAGGAAAGUGAAUAUCGCUAUGCCAGAUGGAAGAAAGCUGUGCUGAAAUCUAUGGGCUGGGAGACAUCUGAAGCUCCUUCAAAUGGUGACACUAGUAUCUUCUGUAGUCUGCCUUUGGGUUUUUUUAUUAUGAGUAGCAUGAUAAUGUUAAUCGGAGCAAAGUACGUCUCAGUCAUCAGUAUAGCAGGUUUGAGGAUUGAAUCUACUGAGGAUUGAAUUCAUCCUUCAUGUGCUGAAACAGCAGUACUGGUAAAUGAGACUGCUUAGUGGACUCUCUGGAUGCAGCUGAUUUCUUUGUUUCGUUUUGUUUUGUUGUCUGAAGAGAUUCCACCACCAAUGUGAUUAUACUACUUGUGUGACUAAAUACAUUCAUGAAUCCAUCUGUUGCCAGUCCCUGAGUAACCUCCCAGUGGUACACUGAAACUUACGUCUUCAGCCCUUCGUUACUCUGCUCCCUUCCUCAUCAACUCCAACUGCAGUGGAGGCCUUUGCGUGGACUCUCUCACAUCAUCCUCUAAAAUUUCACAAGCCCUAGCUUUGUUUGAGAAAGUUGGUAUAACAAAACCCUGCAACUUCUGAGGUAAUGACAUCAGAUGUUUAGCUAUCCUUUUCAGGGGUUUGGUACUUUAUACAACACACUGCAGAGAGUUAAUGGUGCACUGUAGGACUUUGUAAACAUCUUACAAUUCUUCCAGCUGCUGUGAAUUAUCUUUCAUAUGUCUAUGGUUGCCAAAGAUGUUUUAUUGUAGUGGCCGCUGGUCUGAAACACCUUCAGUGGUAUAAACCUUUUAAACACUAGCUCAAAAUGUAUUUUCAGUAGCACACAUAGCCACUGGUUUGGCAAUGAAGAGGCUGCUGAUAUGGUCCACAGAGUACUGUUGAAAUGAUCAAUUACAAAGUUAAAAAGUUUGGUUUGGCUUCUGGCAUAUGCAGUCAGUUUGCCCAUUAUAAGUAUUUAAGACACUUAAGUCUGUACAUUUAAAGAGAUAGGAGCAAAUAGAUAUUUCGGUUAAGGUCAUGUUUCAUGUUCUUGUGCUUUUGUGUUAGUUUGGAAAGACAAUUUCGAUACAGCAUGCUAUUGACAGGACAGCUUCUUGGUCCUCAGCAACUGAUAACUCUUAAAACUACUCUGUACAAUGCACUUUUCUUGACCAAUACUGCAUAUAUUCUGUCAUCCUGCUUAAGGAUAUUUUAGUGACUAUUUGUUAAACUUUUGAAAGUUGAAGCUAACUUAGUUUUCCUUAGAGAGGGUCCACUCCAAAUUAAAUAUCAGUGCUUUAGUUCUUGAUCUCACUUAGUAUAUCUCAGGGACCAAAAUCUCCCUUUCAGUUUCCAUGUCCAUAGUUUUAACAGCAAGUUGUCACAAAAUACGCUGAGACAACCCAAAACCCUGGCUUGGAAGAGUAAGCACUUGGCAUCUGAAAUGGGCCACUGGAAUUCACAGGCAACAUGCGUGACAAGUGAGUUGCGUCCACUUUGAAACUUUUUGUCCUCCGUAGGUAACAGAGUGAGGCGAUAAUCUUAUCUUCAGCUUUCCUGUUUGUACCAACAGCAUGAUGAAUGCCAGCCUUAUUGGUUACGUCAGAGAAAAUGUGUUCUUGUAUACUGUCAUUAGAUCAGUAUAGAAUGAUAGCGAGGUUAAAUGUGGGAACAACAUGGGGAAUUUCAAAGGUGUGUUUAAAUGCACUAGGAGUUAAAGGGAGCUUUUUUGUGUGUGCGUUUGUUCUUAAAGAUUUUUGUCUUUAAAAAAAUAGUCUUUAAAAAGUUUUUUCUUUGUUAAACUGAUUAGAGGCUUAGUUUUUAAAAAGACGUUAAAUAUGUGUGUGUCUGAAGCAAUGGAUUGCACAGAAGUUCAGGUCUAUACAAUAUAUUUAAUAUCAAAUGCAUAUUAAUUGCCUUUUUAUUAUCAAGUGCAAUGACCUUUGAAAAUGUGACUUUUAGUUAAGAAGUUAGAGAAGGAACAUUUUUCGUCCUGUGGUUGCGUGUAUAAAUUCCACAGAAGGGAUUUUUUUGUGCACGGGUGAAAAUAUAACAUCAUUCAAAUCCCAUAUCUCCUGUAAAUACUCAAAUGUGAGGUGUGACAACUAAAAUUUCUGGGUUUUCCAGUUUGUAUUGGAGAGGUGAAGAAAGAGUGAAAAAUGAACAGGAACCCAUAGAAAAAUCUUUAUGCUCCUUAGCUUUACUGGGAGCUGUUGCUGAUCCCACCUUACCCCAAGGAACAGGAGUAACAGCAGCCUUUGGAGCACGCAGGGCGAGGGCAGCACACACCUCAAACACGGGACUUCUGAGUACGACUUCUUGCCAAAAACACUGAAGUACUGAACCUGGGAACGAUUAAUGCUGAAGUGUUGCCUUUGCCAAUGACGUAUGUAGCAGGGGGAAAGGUAGCACAUAAUAAGGAGGAGGGAGAUUUUUUUGCUGCUUUUCUGACUUAUCUUUUACUGGGAAACACAAUUCCUGUUACUUUUUCACUGAGUAAAAAUCAUUAUUUUCUUUUCAAUUGCUGUUGCAAAUAUUUUGUAAGAAUUUCACACCACUGAUGACUUUCUACCAACAUAGUUGAAAUAUAUUGUAAACUGCGUCUUGGGGGGGAGGGGACAAACUGUUGAAAGUUAGCUUUUUGUGAAGCUGUGAUUUAUUUUUUUCUAUAAAUUACCAGAUUUAUAAAUUCUUACUUGAGAAAUGCAUUAACUUGGUAUUAAAAUACCCUAAAUAAA